UCGCACAGUUCCAAUCCCAGUUCUUUCAGUUUUCAACUAUGGAUAACAUUAUUGUCAAAAAACAAAAAACUAUGCCUAACGAAAACGACGUCGUCUCAUCCACUUUUAUCAGAGUCAAGAAACUCUCCGACAAAGCCGUUAUACCUUCCAGAGGUUCCCCUCUCUCCGCCGGCUAUGAUCUUUCCAGCGCCGCCGAUACAAAAGUUCCGGCACGUGGCAAAGCUCUGAUUCCCACCGAUCUCUCAAUCGCCAUCCCUGAAGGAACCUAUGCUCGUGUUGCGCCGCGAUCGGGAUUGACAUGGAAGCAUUCGAUUGAUGUUGGUGCUGGAGUGAUUGAUGCUGAUUACAGAGGACCUGUUGGGGUUAUACUGUUUAAUCAUUCUGAUGUUGAUUUUGAAGUGAAAGUUGGUGAUAGAGUUGCUCAGUUGAUUAUUCAGGAGAUUAUUACUCCUGAAGUUUCUGAGGUUAUGGAUUUGGAUUCUACUGUUAGAGGUGAAGGUGGUUUUGGAUCUACUGGUGUUUGAGUUUGAAGAAGAAGAAUGAUGAGUUUUAACAGUUUCAUACAUGUGUAUUGAAAUAUUGUUAACCUUUAUGUUUCAGUAUUAAUUAAGGAACAUUCUCUA